AAAUGGCUUAUCUGUCAUUGCGCUUUCUCGAAAGCCGGCGCAGAAAAACUUGUACAAGCUUGUUUUUCGAGAUUUUUUUAAGAAAGUAUUUUUCAAUGUUUACUUAAUGUAAUGUGAACAAGUUGUUAUGGUAUUCUAGUCCCACCGAUACAAUCCUUACGACAAUCCCUUACCUCAUCUUCUUCAAACAUCAACCGUAUCGAUUAGUCAUGGAGCACCAAACCGAAAUCAUCCUGACCGUGCUGGGAAUCGCGUUCGUGCACGGCCUUGUGUUCUACCUGGUAUCCCGCAAGCCGCGCACCAACAUCCGCGGCCGCCACGUCCUGGUGACGGGCGGCUCCAGCGGCAUUGGCCUCUGGGCGGCGGCCGAAUGUGUCCGGUUGGGCGCUAACGUGACCAUCGUGGCCAGGAAUGUUAAGCUGCUGGAGAAGGCCAAAGAACAGCUGCUGGGUUAUAAGACUCGCGAGGAUCAACGCAUCGAGUUCCGAUCGGUUGAUCUAGCCAAGAGUUACGAGUCGGUGGAGAGCGCCCUCAAGGAGAUCGAACAAUCCUCCGGUCAGCCGAUCUUCAUGCUGGUCAACUGCGCUGGAAUGGCCAUCUGUGGAACCGUCGAAGACACGACCCCCGAGGACGCCCGGCUCCUUAUGGACGUGAACUACUUCGCGACGUUCUUCCCCACUCGGUACGUUCUGGCCAAGAUGAAGGCCGCCAAGGAGGGCAUCAUCGUGAUAACCGCGUCCCAAGCUGCGCUGGUCGGGAUCUACGGUUACGGAGCGUACGCAGCGUCGAAGUUUGCCCUUCGAGGCCUUGCCGAAACCAUUGCCAUGGAGGCCAAGCAUCGCGGAGUUACGGUUACGUUGGCACUUCCUGCCGACACGGAUACGCCUGGCUUCGAGCGUGAAAACCAGUCGAAACCCGAGGAGACCAGGAUCAUUUCCGGAUCUGGUGGGCUGGCGAAGCCCGAGGACGUUGGCCGUCGGAUUGUGCACGAUGCGCUGAAGGGAUCGUUCUUUUCGAUCAUGGGACUGGAGAGCUGGAUCUUGAGCAUCCUGUGCGUCGGGAUGGCACCGUGGAAGGGACCGGUACUGUGCGUGCUGCAGUUCUACCUGCUGGGACCGCUGCGCAUGGUUGGACUGCUGAUCCAGUGGAACUUCCAGCGGAUCAUCAAGAAAUGCGCCAAAGAUAGAGAGCAACGGGGCGGACAGAACUAGAGAUGUACUGAUCGCACACACAACAAAAUUGCAUUUUCAAUCACCAAAUUCCAAAUUUAAAGAUAUAUUGAUGUUAGAAUAGUAAGUAGAUGACCAAGAAACAUAAAUAAAGAAACAUGUAAGCCUAAA